GUCCGUCGUCCACUCCUUGAAAUAGCAUUGGUCGUAUGUUUUCUUGUCCAUAAUUCGUCCGAUGUAGUUGAAUAAAAACAGGUUUGCGUCCGUUUGUAGAAGUCCUCUGCUCCUAAGCUCCGGACCUACCUGAACCAGGUCGCCAAAGGCGAUCAGUUCUCGUCGGGUUUUGAUUUGUUUCCAGUGACUUUUACAAUUUUCUGAAUUUUCAUCUUCUUCUACGUCGGGGGAAAACCCUAAGUAAGCGACGCAGCUGGGUCCUUUUGUCAGCAGCGAGCCAUGAUGUCCGACGACGUCCUCGAACACGUUCGUGGCGGCGACCGAUGCAGUGGCACCUCGUGGCCCCGAGGGCAGUCGUGCGGCUUAAUGAUACAUGAUCGGCAUGCGUGGCGGGAGAAGUGUAGGAGCGGGGCAAUGAUCCACGGCACAGCUUCUCGUCAACUUUCUUCAUUUUCAUCUCGGACCACGAAUGUCGUGCUCGCCUUUGGGGUUCUUGCGGCGAACAAUACGAGUGGGCAUUAUUCAUACUUCCAGACCGCAAGUGCGUACCAACUUGUGCAGGGGAACACGAAGGAGCGCCACCGCUGGAGAAAGUCUGCCGCAGGCACCGGGAUGCGAGCGAAAAAAAUUGGCAAAGGCAAGAAACUCCUGUUCAAUCGAGCAGGCGAAGGACGAGCAGCCACUUCAUCUUCGACAACUGCGCAGGAGGACGAACAAGAACUCUCAGUACGACCCUCUGCUGCUGCUGCUGCUGUCCCCGAAACGCCGGAAGGUGGAUCUGCAUCACCAGUGGGGCGGGGACCACGAGCGAUGAGGCGCAAAGACCAGCAUCUGCCGCGAUUACCCCUACCUCCUCCCUGACGCAGGUGAAAGUCAUGACUAUACAGCAGCAGAAGAUGAAGAAGGAGGAGCAGCACGGCAUGGGCAUGGCCGCCGACAAAAACGAAAAUACCGGGAAAAAUGAAAAUCGUACGGAGCACGCGGAGACUUUUCUCUCCUCCUCGACGACCUCAGACGACCACAACCCCUCGGCCCCCCCGGGCCACACCUGCGCCAAAAAGCGGUGGGACAGUUGCACGGAGGAGCGUUGCUGCGACGCGGAGCCUGCCGGUACGUCGGUGGCGGAGGGCUCCAAAAACCUCUGCUACAAAAAAGACCUGUGGUACAGCCAGUGCCUCGGGGAGGGGGAGUGCGACACCCAAGGCGGGUCCUGGUAUGUAGUGAGGUUACCGAACGGUUCUAACCAGGGAGUUUUUUUGCCAUAUACCCUGAAAAACGAUCGGCAGUUUUCAAGCGGCCGGAAGCGUUUUUGGACAUAAAAAAUUUUCAAUUAUCAAGCGGGCGGGGCUUUGCCAUCAAACAAGCCCGGUCGAAAACUAUCGAUUCGCACUUGAUAAAACGACGCAGGGGAGCCGGCAAAAGGGGCGCCCUUCUGAGGCGCCCGCCGCCUUGGUUUCUGGCGAUUUGGGGCGCCCAAAAAGGGGCGCGCAAAAAACGCGCCCAAAAUCAGAACAGCGAAACAGCAUGGCACGGCCGCGAUUUCGGAGCAUUUUGGGCGGCCGCGAAAGCGGCCGCCUUUUCGCCGGUUUCAGAGCCUGGGAAGCUUUGCAAAACGCGCCGGCGUGAAAAAUGAAAACGCGAAAAAGAAAAAGCGCCCCAGACGCGCAAAGCCAAUCCGCAUGCUAUGGGCCCGAUUUUCCUUCGCUUUUUGGGCGCCCACCGUGGCACCCGGAUCGGCUCCAUAGCAUGGGGGCUGUCUUUCGGAAAGGAAUUUCGGGAAUUUGCUAAAAUUUGCGACGUUUAUCGAGCGGCCGCCAUACCGUGCGGCCUAACGUUACUCGCGGCGGCAUGGCGAGCCAAGAAAAAGCAAGGCCGCGGCCAAGGCGACGGCCGGCAAGAAAACGCCCACGACCUCACUACCCCCGCCCCGGCGGCUAUAUUUGGUACUGCAUCGUGAUGAAUGCCAACCCCCCGGACAUCCAGCAGCUCACCGACACCUGCUCCUACGAGGGCGCCUACGGGAUCGCCCGGAAAACCUGGGAUACCGCCACCCGCACCGACGUAACCAUUCCGAUGGUCUGCGAUAGUGGUGCAACGGUCGGCGGGGAGGCAGUUGCGCCUCAGUCGCCCACGCAAGAAUCGCCGAGCGUGGUGGCUGCUCAUUCCAGCAGUGGCGCGCCGUCUGCUGUGGGGGCCUCCUCGGGAAUGCUGGGUACUUCCGUCGCGAAUCUCGAUGAGAGAACGGUCGCGGAAGAUGCAGCCGAGGGCGCCGUUGGAUCAUGCUGCACGAGUUCCGGCGAGGAAGCAGGAGCAACGGAGGCUGCCGGGCAAGAAGAUGGUGAACAAACUGGCGCGAACGGGUCCGGUUCCGGAGCACCUGUGGCGGAAGAUGAACGGCCGGUGUGCUACUUCCCCGAUUUUACCGUGGACCCCAAGGAACCCGAGAUGGUGCCAAUCCACGCCAAGGAUCUCACGGAAGGCCUGCAAUGCUGGCUCUGGGACUGGGACCAGGGAGUGUGGGGCGACCACGCGCACCGCUGGGACGGCACGUACCUGGUGAAUGUGCAAACUGGCGCGAAAGUGGCGGUCGCGCAGGAGGAAGCGCCGGAACCCACUACGGCGGGGAGCACAGGAGGAAGCAGCACUCCUGCUCCGUCGCCGAACAGCAGCGGAGGUGGUACUAGUACCACUAAUCCCGAUCCGUUGUCCACGCCAACGCCAGGCCCCACGCCACCGUCCGGUACCGCAUCGCCCGGCCCCCUACCGCCCACACCAGCUCCCGCGGGCUCGCAGUUUCUGUCCACAACGACGGCGGGGCAUACUAACGCGCGCCGGAAGGAGUGGCUCGGCGCCAUGACCCAAGUAACGCCGGGCGUGCAGUACUUCGAUACCACAGUGGACGCCCGCGUGGUCGUAUCCUCGGGGGGCGCGGCCAGGGGCGUGGUGUCCGAGGGGCAGGGCUACGGUCUGUGGAUCGGCGGCACCACCGUGGCGGCCAUGCGGGUGGCCUACGGCUGGCGCAAAGGAUCGGACCCGCAGUACGACGAGGCGGUGCAGGAGACGCUGGAAACCUGGUACGGCUGGCGCCAGGCCUGCUACAUUUCGACGGAGUGCAAGGAAGACUUUGCGAUCAAGUACCACGCUGGGCGCAACGACGUGAUGGCCGCCUACUUCUGCGGCCCGGACUGCCCCUUUCAGGGCAUGGACAAGGUCUACAUGCACGAGUUGCGCGAGGCCGAGAGGGUCUGCCACCCCUGUCUCCCGCACUGGAAGGUGAAACCGGACCUGACCGAACACCUGAGCGGCGGCUGCAACUCGGCCUCGGACGGCGACAUUGACGGGAUCGCCGGCAUGAUCCUCCUGGUCCUCACCACCGCCGCGGACCGGGAUGACUACCUUUGGUGGGGCAACCUGGCAAAGGAGAGCUACCAGUCCUGCAAGGACGUGAUGGUGCAUUUGGUGGACAAGGGCAAGGGCGUCAACGAGGACCAGUACCUGUUUACCGUGGGCACGUCCUGGGGCGGGUUCGGGGUGUCCGAUACCCACCCGCGCAAGGGCCAGAACCCGAGCUACCACGGCCCGGCGGUGUGGCGGCUGUGCCGCGACUACAUGGACGCGUUCGAGUCCGUCGUGGGGGCCCCGCCUGGGGACCGCUUCGAGCGCCCCCCGUCCGGGUACCACACCGAGUGGCCGCCGCCGGAUAGUUUCGCAGGCGCCUCUCCGGGUGAACCGCCGUUCGUGUCGCACGCGGAUGGCGAGUGGGAGAAGCUGUUGCGGGGGACCUACAACAUGCUGAAGGACAACCAGUGCCCGCAGACGGGGUGGAUCUCGAACUGGUACAACACCAACGAGAAGGGGGCCGACGCCACGCAGCGGGUGGGGGACCGCCGCUACGGCCGCCUCGAGUUGGCCGGGUCGGGCACCCCCAAGGAGGAGUUCGGUUCGGAGGGGUCUCGGGGCGUGUGGCGAGUGUUGACGGAUCGCGUGUGGUACGCGCACGAGCCGCCGAUCGAGGGCUAUCAAGGGGGAAAAACUGUGUUUUGGUGUAGCUUUUUUUGAAGACCUCAAUGGCAUCACAAAUUUAUUUCGCAUGACCGAGGACGAGGAACGAAGUUACAUAAGUAGGCAUUCAUUCAUGCAUCCAUAGGUUAUUCAUAUUCGUUUGCUUCGUGAAAUGUAAACUAGGUUAUUUCAAGUUUACCUGUACCUGCCGCUGGUUUGUGGCAUUGAUUACAGUUGUAUUACUGACUGUCUUGCAUGGUGGUCUGCACUGAAAUUUGAAAAAGGUACACCAGCACAGUGUAUUUCACCUGUAUAAGGGCGUGGCAGACUUCAAUUCGCAGAAGUUUCUCGACCGCAUCGUCUUGCAAAUGGACAAAGCAUGAUAUGUGUGGCAAAAGUCCUUCUAAAAGUGCGAGUGAUAGGCAGGAUCCGUUCACAAAGAGAAAGUCACACGAUAGAUAAGUACUCAUAAUAACGCGAAAACACAUAAUAGGGGCGUGGCCAAAAGAUUUUUCGCGCACGAAAGUAACUGACACAAUUUACUUUUGCCCGUGAUAUGUGGACGGGAGAGACGGUUGCGGGCAACGACUGAAAAAAUGACAUGGGGGUGGACAUGACCGGAAUUCCCGCCCCGCCGGAGUGUUUCGCAAGCAAAAUCCAUUCGUCGUGGCAGUGGAAUUUUUUCAUGUUUGGCCCCAUCUCCACGGCUUUGGUACACCAGUACACGGGGAGCGAGGUCUUGCAAUACAACCAGCAGGAUGUGCUGGACCACGCCGGCUUGACCAUUUCUCGCCGGCAGAUCGCGAACGAGAACUACUACGCGGCUUGUUGGGUCAUGCUGGCAACGGCGUCCAUCAAUGGCGAUUUAUUGGAGCGUGCGGGUUACGUCGUGCGAGCCAUGCAAGAUCCAGGAAAAUUGGAAGCGCUCAUGCGGGGGGAUCCCUUCGAUUCGUGGAAAUAAUAGAUACGAUAGAAGAGGAACUCUCUGCUGGGACAAGAGGUGAAAAGAAAGAGCAGUUGCAAGUUCGUGAAACAUGAAACUCGUUAUACUGCCCGAAGAGAUAGAAAAUGAAACUCGAAGCCCCGGAUUUUUGUGACACUUCAUUUACUUAAGUACUUCUUUUCAUCUUAGAUGAAACUACCGCCGCUAUACCGUUGUACUCGUUUUGCCCCGCGGAAUCCUAGUUGCAAAUUUGUAUUUUAGGAUCUUAAAGAACAUAAAUAGUAAAACGCGAGGACUUGUUUCUUAGUGCAAUAGCACCAGCAUCUCCACCCUAAGUACUUUUGCAGCCCUCCCCUUGGAUUAAAGAUAGAACCCUAUUCGUCCCCCCGCUUCCCAGCAAUUUUUUUCUGCAGGCUCUGCCGGCAAAUCGUCGUCGAUAACGAUGGUGCAAGAUGAGGAAGCAAUGUUUUUCGCCUGUGUGAUGAUCGGCUUUGGUCCUGUCUUUGCGUUCCGCGUGUGUCGUG